AUGGUCCAAUGUGUCACUUUAAAGGAGGAAGAGAUAUGGGAUGUCUCCAAGCAACUAGAAAUGACUGUAGAGACCAUCCACCUCUUGAGGAAUGAUCUCAGUAAAGCAAAGGAAAAUGAAUCUCAGAUUAAAAGCCAGAUUACUAAAGAUUUCUGUUGCAUGAAGGAAUAUGUUGAAAGACAGGAGAGAAACACACUGAUGUUCAUUGAACAAGAGCAAAAAGCAAUGCAACAGAAAAUUGAAGAGACUAUUGACCAUCUCUGUGCUGAUGUGAACGAGCUCCUAGACAUCAAUGCCCAAACAAGUAACCUUCCUGAGAGAUACAGAUGCAAAGGCUUACCUUUAACAAUGAAUAAAGUUGAUGAGAAGCUUAAUGUGGUCAAAAGUGCUGUAGAAGAUCUGAAGAGAAAAUUGGAAAUUUUACUUUUGGAGAAAUACCCUCAGCACUUCCAACCAGUACAACCUCCAGACUUACAGCAGGAGACAAGGGUCUGGACAUUAUCUCCAGAGUCUGCAGCUCAAAAUCCAGAACCAAUAAUUUCAAGCCAGUUUUCUCAGUGGGCAGAGGAUGUGACUUUUGAUCUCACAAGAAUACACAAGUACUUGGCAACCACGGACCAGAACAGGAAAGUGAUGGUGGCCAAAUACCCGACUAAUUAUGAACCAUCACCCAACAGAUUCUGCAUCAGCCAAGUGCUGUGUUCACAGAGCUUCUCUGCUGGGUGCCACUACUGGGAAGUCAUUACCAGGGACAGCAAUGGAUGGGCUGUUGGAGUCGCUCAGGAAAUGAUUGGUAAAAGGGACAAAUUAGGAAGAACAGAGCAUUCCUGGUGUGUGGAAUGGCAGGGUGCCAAAAAGCAGCUGUCAGCAUGGCAUAGGUAUCAGGAAACAUUAUUACACAAGGAUAAACCAUUGAAGAUUGGAGUUUUCCUGGAACUACAAAAGAAGACUGUGUCGUUUUACUCCAUCACUGAGAAAGAAAUGCUUUUGCAUACUUUUGAAAUCAAUACCUCAAGUCCUCUUUACCCUGCCUUCUGGCUAUAUAGUCUAGAAAGAAAUGGAUCUUUAACUAUAAGUCACACAAACAGGAGAUAA